AAGAUGUGAGAAGAAAAAAAAAAAAGAGUUGUCCAACACUGUACCAACAACAACAACAAAAAAAAAAAAGUUGGGCUUCCUUUGAGCCACGCCAUUGGCUACGAAGAGUCAGACAGGAAAGUGCAAUGACUCUAUAUAUGCCUCGUCACUAGACAACCCCCGCUCCACUGACUCCACCAUCACUCACCUCCGCCGGGGGGACACCAUGAGCGCGUCGGUGGCCGUGUACAGGAGCCUCUACACGGAGGACCGCUUCAAGCAGGCCUACGGCUCCGAGGACGGCGCGACUGGGAGUCGGCGGCUCCGCGACAAGCUCGCCGGGCGGUGCAGGUGCUCGAAGCGAGCCUGCCUUCACCUGUUGCGGGACAGAGUGCCGAUUGUCCAGUGGCUGCCGAGAUACAGGCUCAGGAAAUGGAUUUUAGGAGACACCGUGGCGGGACUGACAGUCGGGAUCCUGCACAUUCCGCAAGGCAUGGCCUUUGCUUUGCUCACGUCAGUGGCACCGAUAUUUGGCCUUUACACCUCCUUCUUCCCGGUGAUCCUCUAUGUGUUUUUUGGCACAGGCCGCCAUGUGUCCACAGGUACCUUUGCGGUGGUCAGUCUGAUGACUGGCUCUGUGGUGGAGCAGCUGGUUCCCAGUCCUCUGGAGAUGAACUCAAGUUCGUCUGAAGCAGCUGACUUUGAGGCCCAGAGGAUUGGGGUGGCCUCAGCUGUAGCGCUCCUCUCAGGAAUUAUUAUGCUCUGUAUGUGUGGUCUUCAGCUGGGGUUCCUGUCCACCUAUCUGUCAGAGCCAAUUGUUAAGGCUUUCACCAGUGCUGCCGCCUUCCACGUCACCAUCUCACAGCUGCAAAGCAUGCUGGGCCUGAGGCUCCCUCGCCACACCGGGAACUUCUCCCUGUUCAAGACUUUAGCUUCAGUGAUGGAGAACCUGCCUCACACCAACAUGGCUGAGUUGCUGAUCUCCCUUGUGUGUUUGGCCGUCUUGGUCCCAGUUAAGGAGAUCAACAUGCGUUACCGGCAGCGCCUGCGAACACCCAUCCCUGUGGAGAUCCUCACGGUGAUUGUUGCUACAUGUGUUGCCUAUGCCUCCUCGCUGGACUCUUCUUACAACAUUGAGAUAGUUGGCCACAUCCCAGCUGGAUUUCCAAGGCCACAGAUGCCUGCCGUGAAAACUUUCCCUGACAUCGCUGGAGACACAGUAGCCAUAACAUUUGUUGGUUACGCCGUGUCGGUCUCACUGGCUAUGAUUUAUGCUGAUAAACAUGGAUAUUCCAUACAUCCCAACCAGGAGCUGUUGGCUCAUGGUAUCUCCAACACGGUGUCCUCUUUUUUCACCUGCUUCCCCAGCUCAGCCACUCUGGCCACCACGAAUAUAUUGGAGAGUGCUGGAGGAUACACCCAGCUCUCCGGCUUGUUCACUAGUCUGGUUGUUCUGAUUGUCCUGCUGCUGAUAGGACCUCUGUUCUACUUCCUACCCAAGGCAGUCUUGGCCUGCAUCAAUGUCACCAGCCUCAGGCAGAUGUUUCUGCAGUUCCGAGACUUACCUGAGCUGUGGAGAAUCAGCAGGAUGGAUUUUAUGGUUUGGGUGGUCACCUGGCUGUCCGUGGUGGUACUUAACGUGGACCUUGGCCUAGCCAUUGGAGUGGUUUUCUCCAUGAUGACUGUCAUCUGUCGCACACAAAGGGCUGGUUGUUCAGUACUUGGCCGAGCCAGCAACACAGAAAUCUACAGACCUCUGGAGAACCACAGCAAGUGCUAUGAGGUGCCCGGAGUGAAGAUCCUGACUUACAAUGGGCCUAUUUACUAUGGCAACCGUAGCUUCUUCAGGGAGGAGAUGAGCAGGCUGCUGGGCCUGACACCAGAAAAGAUCCGCAGCUGGGAGAAGGCCAGGAAAGCCCUGGAGAAACGGGAGAGAGAGGCUACCAUCAGCACUGUGGAAAGAGGCAUCGCAAACACAUCGUUUUCCUCAGAAAAUGAGUUCUUUAAAUCAGAAACAUCUGAGAGUGAUGUCCAGGCAGUGUUGAUCGAUUGCAGCAGUGUGAUAUUUGUUGAUGUUGCCGGGGCAAGACUCUUCACACAGAUGUGCACUGAAUGCCAGAAAGUUGGAGUUCAUGUGUAUUUGGCGAACUGCAAUGAGAGUGUCUUAAAGAUCCUAACAUCAAGUGGCCUAAUGAACUACAUGAACCCUCAACAUAUCUUUGUCACCGUUCAUGAUGCUGUGAUGUAUAUUCAACAGCAGAGGGAAAAACCCCCAGAGAACACCACGACUGUUUGGGUAUGAGGUAUGAGGCAUGAGGACAGAGACGAAUCGUCUGGGACAAAAGUGACAAAAAGCAUAAGGACUUCUACAUUUGUUUUAUUAGCUGAGACCAUGCCUCUCAGCUGUAUAGGAGCACUUCAGCAUGCGGUCCAGAUUGUACUGUACACCAGUGUUUCAAAGAAGCAGUAGCCUGUUGUAGCACUAUGUAAUUAAUUAAUAUAAUUAUUAUAUUACAGUGUUAACUAUUUUUCUCACAGAUUUUAGACACACUUUUGGCACACUUUAAACUGAUACUACUAAACAGUCACAAAUUCAGAGAGCUGCAAAUCUGGCCGAUACAACAGACAAUCAUAUAUUCAGUGUAGACAAAUCUGAAAAUACAAAUAUGUAGCUUUUUACUUGUAUAUGACAGAUAUCAGUUGUUCAUUAUUGUGUGUUUUUCAUUGUCAUAUAUGCUGGAACAUUACCAUAGUGAUAUUUAUUUAGUUUGGUGUUUGCAAUACAGAUACAUAUUCAUCAAGUGCACUGAAAAGUUUGUUUAAAUGUUUUUGUAUAUUUAUAUCUUUUUAAAAUAUGUGUUAAAUAUGCAAAUAUGUACAGUAAAUGUCAUCUCACACAGCCUUAAAACUUUCUGGCUUUUUAACUCCAGAGAGACUGCACAAACUACUUUGUGAAUUACUUUUUUUUAUUUGUCAGCAACUGUGACAUCCAUUGGCUUUUUUGACAAUAAAUAUAUCUCCACAAACA